UCAUCUGAAAUUCAGAAUACAUAGUUCUCAUGCAAGUUUUUCGGUCCCUGCUGAGAUGUCCUGCCAGCAAAGCCAGAAGCAGUGCCAGCCCCCUCCCAAGGGUCCCCCCAAGUGCCCCUCGGUGUCCUCCUGCUGCGGCUCCAGCUCCGGGGGCUGCUGCGGCUCCGGGGGCGGCGGCUGCUGCCUGAGCCACCACAGGCCCCGCCGGUCCCUUCGACGCCGACACCAGAGCUCUGGCGGCUGCGGCAGUGGCAGUAGCAGCUGCUGUGGCGGCGGCAGCGGCGGCGGUGGUAGUGGCGGCGGCAGCAGCUGC